AUGCUUUCUAAGUUUGCUUUCAACUAAUGCCUUUUCAAUAUAAUUCUUCACUUGUUUGUAUCUCUAAAAUUGUUUAAUAAUUUUUGUUUUGUGUUGACAGAGUCAUCCCCAUGCAGCUGGCCUGAGAAACAAGCCUUUUCCUUAUUAUGAAGACUUGUCAAUUGUGUUUGGUAAGGAUAGAGCAAAUGGGGAGGGUGCAGAGGAUCCAGCUGAUGCUUGUGAACAAAUUGAGAAAGAGGAGGAAGCUUUAGGUGAUACUAUGAGUUUGGGAGAUGAUAUGGAUGCUGAGAGAGGUUCUCCGAAUGCAAUAGAUUCACCGCCAUCUAUUUGCCAACCUACAGGCGUUGGUACUAGUACUGCAACAAUUGGCAAGAAAAAAGGAAGCUUAGUAAGUAAAAAGAGAAAGCACAAUGAUACUAUCAUAGAGAACUUGGUCACUGAGAUGGGAAAGAUAAGCAGUGCAUGUGAAGGGAGUAAGGAAGACUUCAAAAAAAUUGCAAACUUUUUUGAGAAGAAGGGGCAAAGUGAUGAGAGGCGUGUGGCUUUGUUUGAGGAGAUUAUGAAGAUUGAAGAUUUGAGUGAGGAUGAUAUGUUGAUUGCUGGCGAGGUCAUUAGCAAAGAUAAGUCCAAAAUUGACUUCUUUUUUACCCUGCCUCAACAGUUCAAGGAAAGAUAUGUGCUAAAACAGUUAGAGGGCGGUCCAUAUAGACCCUCAUUUGACUUUGAUCCAGUGUGAUGCUACCUAGACCUCCUCACAGUUAUACUUUAGAUGCUUGUGGAUUUGGUGGAGUUUUGAUGUUUAUGGCUUUUUAUUGAUUUGGGUGUUACAAUUUUUAGUGUUAU